AUGGAGAAAGCGAAGAGUGACGUGGAUAAAGUCUCAGACGUGAUGGCUACUCUGCUUUCUGGCAUCUUUCCGUUUCAACCUAAUUUUUCGGCCAAAUCCAACUCCUGCAUCGUGGCCCCGCAAGUGAUCGGCUCACACAUCAAGAACUUUAACAUCAGCAUCAACACAAAAGACGAACAAUGCCACAAUAAUAAUAAUGAGGAACAGAAACAGGAAACUGAACAUCUGCUCAUAGAGGAGUCCCAACGCAGCCUCAAAUCUUACCUCAAGAAGAACUACAGCUACCUGCAUGAAGGAGCCAUCAACGAGUCUGAGGAAGGACUGCUGAGGAUGCUACCGGUCAUCAAAGCCGCACAGAUCGUAGACCUGAGUGCGUGUGGGCUGUCCCUGUGCUCCUGUGACCUUCUCUCCUCGGCCCUGAGCUCCUCUAUGAUCCAGGAGUUGGACCUGAGCCUGAAACCCAUCACCGAUGCCGGCCUCCAGAGUCUCUGCAAGGGUCUGGCUCUCAGCAAGGUGCACACGCUCAGGCUGAGGAGUUGUGGUCUGACUGAGGCUGGUGCAGAGUCCCUCUCCUCUCUCCUCUCCUCGUCUCAUUGUGAACUCAAGUCUCUGGAUCUGUCGGACAACGACUGUGGAGACAGAGGAGUCCAGAUCCUGAGCCAGGGGCUGUCAAGUGCACGCUGCCCCCUACAGGUCUUAAAUCUGUCUUUAUGCAGAGUGAGUGAGCGCGGCUGCAUGUUCUUGGCUUCUGCUCUGAAUCGCAGUGAUCUGAAAGAACUGGACCUGAGCUUUAAUCACCCGGGAGAGUCUGGAGUCCAGCUGCUGACGGCUCUCAAGGACGACCCCCUCUGCAGCCUGCACCAGCUCAGUGUUGAAAAAUGUGGAGAACCCCGAAUUGGACCAGGGCCGAUGAAAUACCUCGUUAGUCUCUCUCUGGACCCAGACACCGCCCACAAAGAUCUCUCUCUCUCAAACCAAAACCUCUCCGCGAUCCGGGAGCUGAACCCACCGGCUCCCAGCAGCUCGGACCGGUUCGGAUUCUGGACUCAGGUCUUGUGCACUCGAGGUUUCACCGGACGCUGCUAUUUUGAGGUUGAAUUCUGCGGCAGAGUUUGCGUGGGCGUGGCCUCCAAACACAUGAGCCGCCAGGGGGAGGGUCCUGAGAGCCGCCUGGGACAGAACCCCCGGUCCUGGGGUCUCAACUGCAACAAAGACGGGUACAAGGCGGUCCACAAUGGCCUGGUGACCCCUGUGCCUGGUCCUCUCCACUCCAGCAGACUCGGGGUCUUCCUGGACUUUUGUGAAGGGAAACUGUCUUUUUUUAGUGUUCGUGAAGGGGAAUUGAAACAUAUUUUUACUUUCUUUAAGUCAAACUUCACCGAGCCGCUGUACCCUGCCUUUCACCUGGCCUUUAUCGGGGCCAGCAUUCACUUGCGUUGA